CCCGCGCGGCGCUGCGGAACCGGAGCUCCGGGCGGCGUCGGCAGCGGCGCGGGAGGCGACGAGGCCAGGGUGGCAGGAGUCCGCGCGGCGACCGCAGCGAGAGCGGCGGGGACGGAGCAGACCACGACGAAGGCGUACAGGCGGCCGGGCCGGGCCGGGCCACAGGGAGAGCGGCCUCCGGGAAGCGGGCUGGAGGCCGGGCGGACAGCCGGCAGUGGCCGAGCCGCGAAGCGACAUGGUGUUGCUCAAGGAGUAUCGAGUCAUCCUGCCUGUGUCUGUAGAUGAGUAUCAGGUGGGGCAGCUGUACUCCGUGGCUGAGGCCAGUAAAAAUGAGACAGGUGGUGGUGAAGGUGUGGAGGUCCUGGUGAACGAACCGUAUGAGAAGGAUGGUGAGAAAGGCCAGUACACACACAAGAUCUACCACCUACAGAGCAAAGUACCUACUUUUGUUCGCAUGCUGGCCCCAGAGGGAGCCCUGAAUAUACACGAGAAAGCAUGGAAUGCCUACCCAUACUGCAGAACUGUUAUUACAAAUGAGUACAUGAAAGAAGACUUUCUGAUUAAAAUUGAAACCUGGCACAAACCAGAUCUUGGCACCCAAGAGAAUGUGCAUAAACUGGAGCCUGAGGCAUGGAAACAUGUGGAAGCCAUAUACAUAGACAUUGCAGAUCGAAGCCAAGUACUUAGCAAGGAUUACAAGGCAGAAGAAGACCCAGCAAAAUUUAAAUCUAUGAAAACAGGGCGAGGACCAUUGGGCCCAAAUUGGAAGCAAGAACUUGUAAAUCAGAAAGACUGCCCAUAUAUGUGCGCAUACAAACUGGUUACUGUCAAGUUCAAGUGGUGGGGCCUGCAGAACAAAGUGGAAAACUUUAUACAUAAGCAAGAGAAACGUCUGUUUACAAACUUUCACAGGCAGCUGUUCUGUUGGCUUGAUAAGUGGGUUGACCUGACGAUGGAUGACAUUCGAAGGAUGGAAGAAGAGACGAAGAGGCAGCUGGACGAAAUGAGACAAAAGGACCCAGUGAAAGGAAUGACAGCAGAUGACUAAACUCACUCCUCCCCCUUCUGCACUUUUUGCAAGACAGUGGUCAACAGGAAGGCCCAGCAGCUCCACCCUCCUGAGUGACAGGCCAUCUUCGGACGCAGCCUUUCUGUGCCCAUUCUUCAGGCAACUUCCGAUCCAUCCCUUACUGUAGCUAAUUCUAGAUGCCCUUUAAUAUUGUGAACAAAUAGACCGUCUGGUAUUACAAAGCCUGUGUGCUCGGGAGCCUGCUCCUCUGAGAAACGUGGCGGGUAGGUUGCUGUAUUAACAGCUCCUCCCUCUCUCUCCAUUGUAUUCUGACCCAUUUCUGUGUGUGCCCCCAACCUUUAUUUCCAAGUGACAUUUUUAGUCUUUC